AUGGGGAUGAAAGUCUGUAUCAUAAUACUAUUUCUACUAAUUUUAAUAUCAGAUGGAAUGGGUUUUGGUAGAAAAAGAUCCGCUAAAUGCCGGAGGGACAACGAACAGACUUUAAGUAAAAGCGAUCAGAACACAACAUCCGAUUAUUAUUAUUACUGUGACUCGACGGAAUUUGGAAUAGUACAAAAGAUUCCAUAUUUGCGCUGUUGUUCGCCGUGCGACACAAUAGAAAUCGAUUUCUCUUCCGCUUGUAUCAGAUGCGGAAUGUGCCUUGCCAUUGCUGAAAAGAUAAACCAAACGUUGCUGGAUGUUCACGAAGUAUUACCUAAUGCAUAUUUAAACGAUACGGAAAUUGAACUUCUUCUGAGAACUAUCUGUAACCAUUCUUUUCAAUUCUACGGCCUUCGUGAACUAAAUGGAAAAAGAUAUAUUUCUGAUAAAGUACCUGGUUCUAUUAUAGUGUCCACAUCCGCUGAUGGACUUUGGGGGAAAAGAUUGAGCGAUCUUUGUCAUUAUUAUCUGGAUGAAAUUGGAGAAGUUUCAUUGUACCAGCAAUGGCAACAAUGGUGUAACGACAAUGAUAAAUUUCUCGAUUUGUCGAACAUCAUUUGUCGAAGCGUGCAUGGUAUAUUGCGAGAUUGUAGAAGCAUGGGCAACAUGGAAAAGUACAAAUCUCCGUUUAAAAUCUACAACGCCAAGGUAAAAAUCACAGCAGCUUACGAUAAAUAUGGAAAACGUGGUUGA